AAUUCCUCCGAGUCUCAUCCAUGCCUCUCUUUCUCUAGCUCUUAUAGUGUCUCUCUCUCUAACUCCCUCUUUUAUAUAUAUAUACAAGACAUUAUCGUUACCAUUAUUAUUAUCAGGGAGAUAGAGAAAGAGAAAAGCAAAAAGGCUAGGUUUAAUUAACACUCAAUCACACAACACAAAAGAGAAGAUGGGUAGAGCUCCUUGCUGUGACAAAGCCAACGUCAAGAAAGGUCCAUGGUCGCCGGAGGAAGAUGCCAAGCUCAAGGCUUAUAUUGAGCAGAAUGGCACCGGCGGCAACUGGAUAGCCUUGCCUCAGAAGAUAGGCCUUAAGAGAUGUGGCAAGAGUUGUCGACUUCGAUGGCUAAAUUAUCUCCGGCCUAAUCUCAAGCAUGGAAGCUUCUCAGAGGAGGAAGAUAACAUUAUUUGCAGUCUCUAUAUAAGUAUUGGAAGCAGGUGGUCUAUUAUUGCUGCUCAAUUGCCUGGAAGAACCGACAAUGAUAUCAAGAACUAUUGGAACACAAGGCUCAAGAAGAAGCUCCUGGGCAAGCAGCGGAAAGAACAAGCAGCCCGGCGAGCUACUCUCAGGCAAGAGAUAAAGUCGGAAAGCCAGAGUUUUAUGGCUCCUAGUGGGGUGGUCUUGAAUCAACAGACCCCUAAUUAUUACUGGCCUGAGCUACCCUCAUCAGCCAUCAUGCCAGCGAUGAAUCCAAGUCAAGAUUCUCAUUUCUGUGAUCAAGAAUCACUUAAAAGCUUGCUGAUCAAGCUAGGAGGAAGAUUUUCUGAUGAUCAUCAAGAAUCAAACAUGGCCAGCACUGUUUACCCUCUUGAUGGUUCGUGUAUUAGUACUCAAGAUCAGCCAUAUUCAAGCUCAAUGAACAUGCUCUCUUCUUCCGGGACGUCGAUAGCAUCCACAGAGAGCCCUUGUUCUCAAUUGCCUAACACAAACUAUGCAGUGAGUGGAGCAGCUGGUCCAAGUACCUAUCAAGGACUUGACCGGUUCCCAGUUGAACUACACGAGUUGAUGUAUGGCAACCAGCAACAACUAGAAUCUCUAGAGAGUUUGUAUGGAAUCGACAAUGGCGCAAAUGGAGUCAUGAGUGCUGGGGAAACCACUAGCUGGGGAAAUGUAAGCUCUCUGGCUUAUCCUCAACUUGUUUCUGAGCUUGAAACUUGCUUACAAAACCAGCCACAAGAUCAUUCAUCCUUCGAAGUUUCAAGUUACUUUGGACCAAAAUAAUAGCAAACCAUUACAUGGGUGGUGUAAAUUUCGUAAUUUGUUUUAGUAGGAAAUUUGAUUCUGAAUGAGAAUCUUAAAGACUCUGGUUCUUAAAAUUUACACUUGGGUUCAUUUCUCUUGGCUGGUCCUUUUGAUUCUUACACUACAUGGAUUUCAUUUCAUUACAUGUA